UAGAUAACUGUGACCUGCACUUCAAGGUGGCUCGUGACAGAUACAGCGGAUACCCUCUGACCAUUGAGGGUUUUGCCUUGCUGUGGGCAGGUGCUCGAGCCACUUAUGGUGUUACCAAAGGACGUGUGUGCUUUGAAAUGAAGAUAAAUGAGGAAAUUUCAGUAAAGCACCUUCCUACCACUGAGCCUGACCCUCAUGUGGUGAGAAUCGGAUGGUCCCUGGAUUCUUGCAACACUCAACUUGGUGAAGAACCCUUCUCUUUCGGCUAUGGAGGAACUGGCAAGAAAUCUUCCAACUGUAAAUUUGAGGACUAUGGGGAAAAAUUCAGUGAAAAUGAUAUCAUCGGCUGCUAUAUUGACUUUGAGAGCAGUGAGGAAGUAGAAAUGGCGUUCUCCAAGAAUGGCAAGUGUUUGGGCCCAUGUUUCCGUGUCUCUCGAGAGGAACUGGCCGGGCGUGCUCUUUUCCCACACGUGUUGGUGAAGAACUGUGCUGUGGAAUUCAACUUUGGACAGAGAGAGGAGGCCUUUUUCCCUCAGCCGGAGGGCUUCACCUUCAUUCAUGAUAUUCACCUAGAGGACAGAGUCAGAGGGACACUGGGACCAGCCACUAAAGCUGAAUGCGAGGUUUGAUGUGGAAAUUAACUUUUAAGA